GUGGAGUUGCAACCCAAACAACCCCCAAACCCCAAAACCCUCGCCUCGCCUCGCCUCCUCCUCGAAGCGCGAAUUUGAAGCGGCGGCUCCUCCCCUCCCAUGGCGGCGGCGGCUAGGGUUUUCCGCGGGUGCAGGUUCCUCAUGGCGGCGGCGGGGGGCAAGAGGCCCGCGUCGGCUUCCGCGUCGGCGUCGGCGGCGGGGGCGAAGGUGACCAAGACGGAGGCGGCGCAGGCGAAGGAGAAGCGAGGGAUCAUGCAGCCCGUGCCGGUCUCCGACGCCCUCAGCAGGUUCGCCGGCGGCGCCCCCGAGAUGUCCCGUGCUGGCGCCGUCAAGCUCAUCUGGAACCACAUCAAGGCCAACGGCCUCCAGAACCCAGCAAACAAAAGGGAGAUUAACUGUGACGAUAAGCUUAAAAGCUUAUUCGCCGGGAAGGACAAGGUCGGGAUGAUGGAGAUUGCCAAGCUGCUGUCCCCUCAUUUCAUUAAAGCUAACUAAACCAGUCAUAUGGAGCAAGUAUUAGUGCUUACUGCUCGGACUUGUGUUGGGAUGCUUCUUUUGUGAUCCAUGUUAGGCCCCAAGGUUCCACUAGGUUUUAGGUCAUGUGGCUGUGUUAAGACUUAAAAGACUUCGUUGAACAUCUAGGCCGGGGUUCCCAGUGAUGCAUGUAAAAAAAAAAGGCACUCCCAAUAUUUUAUUGCGUCCUACUACUGUGAUCCCAGGCGUUUUAUGUGGUUCAAUUUUUAAUCUGCCAUUGGCAUCUUGUACCAGGCAUAUACUACAUAUAUGUAUGUAUGCAUGCUGGUUUGGUUGAGGCGCUCUUGUGUUCAUU